AUGGUUCUGUAUUUGUAUUGCGUUGCCUGCUUGACCACUUCGCCUUUGUGUUUUCUUAUUGUCCAGGUCUUUCUUGCUUUCUUCCUCUUCCAUGGACUUUGCUAUCGCCUUCCCGCUGUCGCCACGUUAAUUACUUCUCGAAAUACCACUGCGAAUUGAUACCUUUGUUCUCCCUGUAUCGACUUCAACUCGAAAUUGAAGCAAAUUUAUGUUGUUCAA